AUGACCUGCAAAGAAAACAAAUUUGGUUUCCCAUUUACUCCAUAUAAAAUUCAAGAACAAUUUUGUCGAAAGGCAUGGGACUUAUUUUCAAAUCCUGGAAGCAUCGGAAUAUUUGAGUCUCCCACAGGAACUGGGAAAUCUAUAAGUGCUCUUUGCUCAGCUUUGAGUUGGAUAAAUACUCAUCACAAAGAGGUAAUAACUAAUCAAACAAAUGAACACAAAUCCAAAAAGAUACCUCUCUGGGUUUUAAAAAAGACAAAAAUUAAUAUAGAAAGAUCCUAUGAAGAAAUGAUUGCAUUGCAAAAUACUUUUUUAGAAAAUGUCAAAAGUCAUUUUAAUCUAGUUGAACAGAAUACAAAAGAUAACGAAACUCUACUAAUAAGUCUACCUGAAAUAUGGAGAGAAACCUGCUCAGAAGAAUCAAAAAGACAAUACAACUUAUUCAAAAUUAUUAUUGCUAGUAGGACUCAUUCGCAACUAUCUCAGUAUAUUGGGGAAGUUCGUAAGCUCCACGAAUCGGGAAGUUUCAAGAAUUAUUGUCACCGACUAUUUAAAGAUCCAUCUAUAACUACAGUAGCAAGUAGAUCUCAUUUAUGUAUUCACCCUGAAGUUAGAAAGCUACCCAGCCUCAUAAUAAAUGAUACUUGUUUAGAAUAUACAGCUCCAAAUAAAAAAGAUAUUGAAAAACACUUUUGUCCAUACAAAUCAAGAGCAAGUAUUCUUGCAAAGCUGAGUUUAUGCAAAUUAAUGGAUAUUGAAGACCUACGUAAGGAAGGAGAAAAAGUUGAGGCCUGUCCCUACUAUGCAGUUAAGGAAGCGAACAAAUUUUCAGAUAUUACUCUAAUACCUUAUACUACUUUAUUUAACAAUUCAACAAGAGAGUCCCUAGGAGUUGAAUUUAAUUCUUUGGGAACUAUAUGUAUUAUUGAUGAGGCACAUAAUAUUUUUAAUGCCUUUGAAUCAAGUUACAAGGCUAGCAUAGAUCUGAAUGCAUGCAAACAAUUAAUUCCCAACUGUAAAGGCUAUCUUGAAAAGUAUGGCACGAGUUUUACUCCAAAUAAUCUCUCUUUAUUUAGGCAAUUGCUUCGAUUUAUAACUAUGUUUACUAAUAAUGUGGAGAGAAUAGUUAACUCAUAUAGAUCACUGAAACGACAAUCAAGUGAUACUUGUGAUUCAAAGUUACAGCAUAAUACUGGAGUUAUUUCAUAUAACUUGACAGACUUCUUUAAAAUAAUAAAUUUUAGCUUUUUUAAUACGAAUGAUCUGCAAACCUUUAUUGAAAACAACAAUCUAUGUCGUAAAAUGAAAAGAUUCUCAAUAAUGGAAAUAUAUUCAAGUGAUAAAAAUGGGAAAGGUGACACAAUCAGUUCUAAUACAUUAUAUACGUUCAAAUCCUUCAUUGAUGCACUUAUUUCGGCUGAUAAAAAGUACGACCAAAUAAUUAUUGAGUAUAAUUUUAAUCAUUCUUCAAAUAUUCUAGAUAUAAACUGUAGUUUAAUCCCAAUUAGCGUAGACUGCUUCUUCAAAGAUUUAAUGAAAAAUUCACGUUCUACAAUGCUUAUCGGUGGAACCUUACAACCUAUUUUUGAGUACAAGCCUCUUUACAAUCACCUUCCAUCUUCAAGUGUUUAUAUGUAUUCAGCAACUCAAUCCAUCUCUAAGAAUAAUCUUUUGGGAAUAGUUGUACCUCAGAAUGUAGAUGGUAAUAUUCUAGAUUUAAGAUAUAAUACAAGAUUUAGCCACGACCAACUCCUAGCUUUAUGUCAAACUCUUGCCUUGGUAUUACCCUUAAUACCAGAUGGAAUUUGUAUAUUUUUUAAUAGUUUUAUAUUCCUCGAAGUAUUUUUUAGAUUUAUACAUAGAGAAGCUGAAGCUAAACCAUUUUUAGAGCAAAUUAAGAAGAAGAAAAUUUUUAGAGAAAAUAAAUUAUCAACAGCUCUAGAAAAUGAACAAUUAUGGGAAUCAUAUAAAAAAUGUAUAUAUUCUAAUAAUAAAACUCACGCUGGUGCAAUUCUACUUGGAGUUUUAAAUGGCAGAUUAUCUGAAGGUGUGAAUUUCUCCGACGAGUUAUGUCGGUGUCUGAUUAUUGUAUCAUUACCAUAUCCUCCAAAUACCCCCAUACUAGAAGCGAAGGCUAAAUAUUUCUAUGAAAAAUCUGAUCUAACUACAAAUACUGAUGACCUUUCUUUUCAAUCAAUUAUGUGCAUGAAAAUAGUAAAUCAAUGUAUUGGACGUGCAUUGAGACACAGUAAUGAUUAUUCCGUCGUUCUAUUACUAGAUCACCGUUACAAAAGAAAAUAUAUACAAGAUAUGUUACCAAGCUGGUUCACUGAACAUUUAGUAUGCAAUAAUAAUAUUUCAAGAUGGGACUUUUAUGAACAUGUAUUAAAUCCUAUAAAAAGUUUUUUUAGUUCUAGGGCUUAUCUAAAUAAAGAGUGA